AUGACUGACAAGUUUUUGGACGAAAAGCUUCACCUUGCACUCCUCAUCCUAAUUUUUCACUCACAAAAUAGCCUACAGAUGUUGUCUUUGUGCACAUUUUACGGUUUUCCCUCGCCACUUCUUUGGGGUCCGGACGAAGUCGGAUUGGAAAGUUCUUUCCAAUCCGGAUGCUCUCAUUCCGAGUAUGCAGCAUUCGAUCGCUUCAUCUUCACAUUUUCAUCAUUGCCCAUUCUCUACACACUCGCUCGUCAGCCGCAAGCAUUUUAUAGGUGCAUCUAUCACUUACGAUACUUGCCUACCCCCAUGGCUCCUUGUCGAGGGCGGCGCCCCCGGCGGCGUGGGCAGUCAUGGAAAACCCACACGCCCGCUGAGGUGAGAGAGAUUAUGAAAGCGUACCCGAGCUUGAAGUAUCCCGAGCUGCAAGAUGAACGGAUGUGGGCCCGUCCCCAGCACAAGGCCUUCCCAUUCAUGAGCCUCCCCCCUGAGCUCCGACUCAAAGUCUACCGCCACCAUCUUCUCUCUUCCUCCCCCAUCGAACUCUGGCCACACGUCAAAAACAAUACAAUGUAUUCCGCAAACUGGCGCCGAGCAAACAGUCUCCACGCCUAUAUGUGGCUGAACCACAAGCUCGGCCUGCUCCGCGUAUCCUCCAUCAUCCACUUAGAAGCCUCGCAGGUCUUCUACGGUGAAAACGAAUUCCGCUUCACCGGCAUCAAUGGCUGGAUGGUAUGUUCCUUAUACCUCAACACUAUUGGCCCGCAGCACUUCCGAUUCUUGCGGCACAUCACACUCCACGUUCCCUUCCCUGGCACCGAUUAUCUUGCAAUGCCCACAUUUGCGAAUCACACUUUGGCAGAGAAAAUAUGCCUCUUGCGCCCGCACCAACACGUCAAUUUCGGUGAACGGAUGAGGAAGUACGGGUUCUUGAUACCCCAGGACUGGUCAUAUGACUGGUCUAUUUCCAAUGUAGUCGAACUCUUGUCCAGGGCGGACCUCCAGACCUUCAGACUCGUGUUACCGCCAACGUACCACAUUCACCACGACUCCUCGCUCACAUGGUAUUGGGAUAAACUCAAACUGUUAAAAGACGCUGUCGACACCUACAGAGCUUCCCAGGCUAAGUCCCCUCUCGAUAUCCGCUUCGCGUUUCUGAAGAUCAGGGAUGGGGAGCAGGAGCCGUCGUUUGAUAUGCUGGAUUUCAUCCUGGGGCCGAGGUUUGAGAGACCGUGGUUAAGAAGGUAUACAGGGGAGUGCAGGCAGAUGAUUGAGAGGGUGAGGAGGGCGGAUUGGAUUGCGAAGGUGGAGUAUGGGGUGCAUGAUAAGGCUGGGAUUUAUGGGCUUAUGGAUAGGGAGUCUUGUUUGAAGGUUACGGGGCCAGGGGCGCUUAAGAAGGAGGGGUUGGAUGAGGACGAUUGGAAGAGAGGCAUCGGGGGGGAAUGUGAGAGUGUGUCUUCAAGCCUUAUCCAUUUAUACGGACCACGUAUACGCGUUUCAGGCCUUCAACUUGUGCUUCUCUUCAUAAUCUCACCUGCCACAUACUUUGGUAAUCAGGAGAGCAUUUUUCCCUCAGAUUUCCUUAGCAUCGACCUAAAAGCUAAGAAGAUAUCUAAAUUCACGCUCGCUAUUAUUAGGCGAUAUUCCAAGCCCUCUUACUUUAAUUUCUUUGAGAUAACUAAGAAAUCUCUUAAACUUACAUUAGAAGCGAACAACGAUUCUCCAAUAGUCCACCAUAUCUUGAUCCUUCAGCUGGGCGCCUCCUACCAGGCAUUGUCGAUCGACCUAAGUCGUAGUGAUGUUAUCAUUAAUCGAGAAAGUUACAGGCAAGUCGUAGUAGCCACUUCAAAGCGGCGAAGUCAUCGCUGCCUGUCAAGCAAGUUCUGGAUUCCCCGUCAUAAAUUCACUUUGCGGUAUCGUCAAUUCAUGUCCGUUGUUGUAAUUCGAUCUAUUGCGGCGUGGAAUAUAGACCUCCUCCUGGUCUGCAUUCACAGUCGCCGUGUUCCAUAUCAAUUCAUUAAGAAAACUGUGAUACGACGGACACGGUUUAACUCCAGGCUUGUGCCAUCUAAAAAUAGCACCCUUUGGGUUACCUCAGCUAGCCAAGUGAGGCUCUCAGAUCUGUUGUUUGAAUUAAACCUUAAGAGUGCAUUGAUUGUGCUUCUAGAGCCUGUGUUUCAAUAUGUCAUUAUGGAUAAGAUCGAGCAUGUUAAUCAAACCGCCAGCAUGAUCAACCACCUAAAAGAGUAUCCGACCCAUCUUGGGUCACCAACGACUCACGUGUUCCAACUGCUGCUAGGCCAUACCAGUCACCAGAAGGCCCAAACCCCACUAGAAAUGAAGCGAAACUGUACCAUACCAUUAUUGCAAUCUCAAGCUUCCCUCCCCCCUAAUUUCGAGCUGAAUUGCUAUAUUUCUUGA